GAACAAUGCCACACACAUCAUUUCCUGAAAUAAUGGAGUUGGAAGGCAAUUAUCUGCUCACAAAACAGGCUGAAACAACAGUUCCUGAUAUUCUUCUCAAAUACUUUAACUUCCCAAGGAAUCCGGAAAAAAUAAUUCCAUGAGACAGUGUUGUGAAUGAAGGUGUGGACACUGCCAGCGCUUGCAGCCGACUUGGAAUGAACUGGGGGACAAGUACAACAGCAUGGAGGAUGCCAAGGUCUAUGUGGCUAAAGUGGACUGCACAGCUGACUCGGAAGUGUGCUCUGCCCAAGGAGUCCGAGGAUACCCUACCUUAAAGUUUUUCAAGCCUGGCCAAGAAGCUGUGAAGUACCAGGGUCCUCGAGACUUCCAGACACUGGAAAACUGGAUGCUGCAGACACUGAACGAGGUGCCCACGACACCAGAGCCAGAAGUGGAACCUCCCAGAGCCCCUGAGCUCAAGCAGGGGUUGUACGAGCUCUCAGCGAGCAACUUUGAGCUGCAUGUUACACAAGGCGACCACUUUAUCAAGUUCUUCGCUCCAUGGUGUGGUCACUGCAAAGCUCUGGCUCCGACCUGGGAGCAGCUGGCUCUGGGCCUUGAACAUUCCGAAACUGUCAAGAUUGGCAAGGUUGAUUGUACACAGCACUAUGAACUCUGCUCGGGAAACCAGGUUCGCGGUUACCCCACUCUCCUCUGGUUCCGAGAUGGGAAGAAGAUUGACCAGUACAAGGGAAAGCGGGAUUUGGAGUCCCUGAGAGAGUACGUGGAGGCGCAGCUGCAGAGCACGGAGACAGGUGCUGCGGAGACCAUCCCACCCUCAGAGGCCCCAGCGCUGGCGGCCGAGCCUGAGGCUGACAGGGGCACUGUGCUGGCACUCACUGAGAGUAACUUCGAUGACACCAUUGCAGAAGGAAUAACCUUCAUCAAGUUCUAUGCUCCGUGGUGUGGUCAUUGUAAGAAUCUGGCUCCUACUUGGGAGGAACUCUCUAAAAAGGAAUUCCCUGGUUUGGCAGAGAUCAAGAUCGCUGAAGUAGACUGCACUGCUGAGCGGAAUAUUUGCAGCAAGUACUCGGUACGAGGCUAUCCUACAUUGUUGCUUUUCCGUGGAGGAAAGAAAGUCAGUGAGCACAGUGGCGGCAGAGACCUGGAUUCUUUACACCGCUUUGUUCUGGGACAGGCGAAAGACGAACUCUAGAAGCCCAGCUGGAAGUUGCCGCUGCUGCCUGGCCUCCUACCCCGUGUAUGGGAGUUAAGUCAUGCAGAUGUUGCCGAGUUUCCAGUGGAGGCUAUUCAGGAAGCUGAACAUACUAAACUUGUGGUAUCUUCUUUGUGUGUUUUUUAAGCCAACACACUCUACGGAUUCUUUAUUAAGUUUCACUCAUGGUCACUGUGUAAACUAAAUAUUUUCAGUGGCCAUAUACCCCCUUGAACCUUCUCUUGAUGAAAUUUAAGUGGUUUCCUUUGAGACUAAAAUAGAGUUGAGGAAAAUCAAAUUACUGGACUAUUUUUGGUUCCUGAGUGAUUCUGGUGAAAGCAUCAUCCAAGCAUCAUUUUUUAACUGCCCAUGAGUUCUGGAAAGGUGGCCUUGUGGCAGUACUGAUGUUCCUCUGAUCUGAAGGUCACAAUUGACUCAUUAAUAAUAUGGUUGGCCCAUAGUUUGGAGCAGAUUUAAAAACGAAAACCCCACACCUCUGGAAGAUACCUUCAUGGCCACUACUGGAUUUUCUGUUUCUGUUAAUACUUCUCUCAUCAUGAGAGGUUAGCCAUAUGAAAGCAGCAGUACUUUUGACAUGUGCCUGAGUAUGAUAAGUCUGAUGCCAUAAUUUUACAUGUGUGUCCAUACUUGUCAAAUCAGUUGUUAUUGUUCAAGGGAUCCUUCUGUUUGUUUCUCAUGGGGUGGAACACUUCAUGAGUUUGUCAUGUCAACACAAAGCCAAAGUCCACGUGAACUUUAAGAUUGGAUGUCUUCUGUAGAAAGUAUAGGCACGGAAAGUUCCAUGAGGCUCAUUCCGACCAUUCCAUUAGCUCAUAGAAAGAUUCUGUUUGUCUUUGCCACCUGGGGUGACAAGACCAGACCAGGGAGACCCUGUAGUCUUGCUAUGGGGCCCUAACUAGUGUCCGAUUCUGCUCCUAAGUAGUCCUUUUAGAGGCUUGCUUUACUUUGUCUGCUUCAAGGAGGUCGACCUUCUAAUGUAUGAAGAGUGGGAUUCAUUUGAUUUCAAGACCAAAGACAGAUGUCAGCAGGACUGCUCUGACACUGGUGUGCAUGGCCAUGUCAGCCAUUGAUGCCAUCCUCGUGACUUAACACUUUUACAGUCACCUUUGGAAAUAAGCAGUUGUAGGACUAAGCUCCUUUGAGAGAGGUGUCUGUCUGUCCUCUACUAUCAGGUUACUUUUCAUAAUGACCACUUUGUGUCCAACACCCUUCACCCACCGCCCACGUGCAGAGGGAUGUCGACACUUUGCCCAAAGUAACUGGUGGUGGAAACCUUAGAAACAGGACUACUUAUACUGUCUGAGGUAGAAGAUAACAGAGCAGCGUCUCAACCAGCCUCUGCCUUAAAGGAAAUCUUUAUUAAUUACGCGGUUCACAGAUGUUCUUUUAAAAAACCCAACUUCCUAGAGAAGCACAAGCAUCCGAGUGGCUUCCGCUUUGCAUCAUGAGUCUUGUAUUCAAAGGAAAUCAAAGUGGUACAAUUUGUUUACACCAUGAUACUUUCUAAAUAAACUCUUUUUUAAAAAG